CGACUAUCAAAUUUUACAACCACCACUCCCGAAUCAUUACGGAGUAUCCAUGAUGACCUCAUCAGACUAUCCAUCUUCUUUGAUGAUAAUGGCCAGAACGACAUACAAGACCAGUUCCGCCAAAUCCGAGGCUUUCAAGCAAUCAUUUAUGUUCUGGAAGUAACAACUCGAUGUGUGGAAGCACAAGGAGAACUGACGGAUAUCUCUUUUGAAGAGAACUUCAUCCAAAUCGCAAUUGAUGUGCUAAACAUCUUGACCAAAGCACUACGUCGGCACCAUGGAAACUCUCGUUACUUCACCAAGCGAGUCUCUAGCGGAGGAUGGCAAGCUCUCCGUCACCUCAUCCAACACGCUUCUUGCAUCAUUGCGAGCUCAACCUCUAGUGGGCUUCGGUUCAACAAUCUAUUGAGACUUUUCUGCGCCACUUUAGCAUUGGCACUUGGGGACAAUGCGUUCAGCAACGCUCUCAAGCCUCUCUGGUUCGAAGGUCCGGAUAGUCCGCAGAGCGCAGUUAACGGAGAUGCUUCUUCAGAGGCAAAUCCUGAUUACAAAGCCGUGACAGAGACAUCAACUCCUGAAAAGAUGCAGAUUCUGGUUCGUGAGUGCUUCGACCGAGAUGAACGGAUCCUCAACUCUGAGGCUGUGACUAUCAUGUCAGAUUUCUACACGCCAUUUGGGUACGGGAAAGAGACCGCUGGUGAUCACAUAGCUGCUCUGCCAACUGUCAUCUUGACCGUACUUGAUUGCCUUGUUGAAACAUCAGCAAGCAACAGAAUUGCAAUUCAUGACGCUGGCACACUGUCAGUUUUGUUGCCUCGCUUGGCUGAUAAGGGCAUGGAGGAAUAUGAGGCCACGCUAUUACAAAAGCUCUGUAAAUCGUUGCUUCCACUUGGGACACGUCGAUUGGAAGAGACAGCUCAAAUAUUCAAAUUGGCCUGCGAAGAUGAUUCCGCCAAAGAGAUAUUGUUAGAGGCUUUGCAGAAGUCUAAACAGCCUCCUGCUAUCCAGUUCGAUUUGUCAUACUCCGGGCAUUGCUCUAUUGAGCUUGCGUCCCUGCCACGGCCUUUUCCACCACCUACCGGCUACACAUUCUCGUCUUGGAUCAAGAUCGAUCAAUUUGAUUCAGACUGUCAUACCACGAUAUUCGGAGCAUUUGACGCCAGCCAAACAUGUUUUGUUCUUGUGUACAUCGAAAAGGACACCCAUCAGCUAAUUCUGCAGACAUCAGUCACUGCGAAGAGACCCAGUGUACGAUUCAAGAAGUUUAGAUGUGGAGCUGGAGAGUGGUACCAUAUCGCUAUAGUGCAUCGCCCUUCUAGAACAAGCGGUUCGAGUCCAGCCAUACUCUAUGUCAACGGACGCUGCAUCGAAGAGCAGCACUGCCCGUACCCAGAAGCGCCUCCGCUUAUACCAGAACCCCGAGCUCCUGUUCCUUCUCAAGUUGUUAACACCACUCGACGACCAGUCCAGGCUUUCUUCGGCACCCCUCAGGAUCUUGCUUCCCAAGCAGCCGAUCGUGUCUUGAGGUUGAAGUGGUCUCUUGCAAGCGCUUAUCUGAUUGACGCAUCCCUUUCUCCAGAGUUAGUUGCGGUUCACCAGAAGCUUGGUCCACGCUAUUGUGGCAACUUUCAAGACUGUGUGGGACCUNUUUUGACAUAUCGCGCUUCCGCCGAGCUCAACCGAUACAACGAGAUGCUGCACGCGGACAAAGACGACAAAUCCGAAAUCGUCAAGGCUACACAAUCCCAGGGCAGUGAGCUCCUCCCAGAAGGCAAACUCUUGAUCAGUAUGUCAGCUUCAACGAUUGUGAACAUGAACGGUUUUCUGGCAAACGGUGUCAACGUUGCAGGCAUGCUGAAUGAAAAAGCUGCGGCACAUCUUCAGUCUCUCACGCUCAAGCUUCUCUUCCAAUGCAUACUGGACAAUUGGCGAACCAGUGAAGUCAUGGAGAAGGACAACGGAUUUGGCAUUCUCGCAGUCUUACUACGAGAAAAAAUUGGAAUAUACACCAGCGGCCCCGGUGGCAAUAGAACUGUCCCAGUAGCAAAGACCAUGCAACAGAGGGAAGAGCUGGCAUUGAGACUUCUUAGAGUUGUACUGGCAUUUGUUGGCUAUGACAUCAAGAGCCCCGAAAACUCUUUGCUCAUCAACCCUAUGGCUUACAGAGUUCUACUUGUAGAUUUCGACACUUGGCGUACUAUAAGUACCGAGACUCAGAAACUCUACUACCAGCAGAUCGCUGGAUUUGUCUGGAAAAACAACAAUCAGAUUUUCAACAUGAAACGCUACAACAAGAUGAGAGUUGUUCGUAGAUUUCUCGAUGCUCUCAAAGUUGAUUCCAUCAACCCUGAAGUCUUGCCAGAAAUUUUACAUGCUUUGAGAGCUCUCAGCUUGUGUAAAACAGCACACCUCAAUCAUCGAGAUAUUGCUACAUUUGUUACAUAUGCGCUACAUGACGACAGAGCCUUGCAGUCGACUAAUCCGCUCCUGAGGACACCUCGGAACAGAUCCGCAUCAAUCAAGCUACCAUCUCCUAGAUUGGUCGCACCUGAGACGUCCAGCCCAUCACCAACAUCAGCGUCACCAAGUCCAGCCAGACUCAGUCAAUCAAAUCUUGGUGUCAGCAUCGUUGAGACAUACUCAGAGGUUCUUUGUGGUUUCGAAACCAACACGCAUAUCAAGCGUUUUGAUCAGCAGGUACCUACGCGAUGGAUUCUUCAUUUGUUGGCGGAGCCUGACUCACGCGUCGUUGGUUCUGCACUCUCGAUCAUAUCAAGAGCAAUCGUCGAGAUACCGAGUUUCAAAUCAAAGUUCACGGAGAAGAACAAUGGCUUCACCACACUGCAAGCUAGACUGCGGAGCCACUGGACAUCUCCAAGAGUGUGGAUGGGUUGCUUUGCCAUUCUGUUUGGUCGUCCAUUCGUUUGUCAAGAAGAUGCUGACGAGCUUACCAUUUUCCAGCUCAUGGAAGCAUUUAUGCAGCAAGGAGAGUCUGAGAUACGACAUCCCGAAAUCUUCCCAGCAAUAUCGAGCAUGUUAGAAGCAGGGCUCAGAACUGUCGUCAAAGAUUCUUCGCAUCAGAAGGAUAAUGAGGACGCGGCCGAGUUGAACACAAUCCCAAAGACGAUCAUUCAGUUCCUUACAGAUGUUCAUGCGCGGAGUAGGUCGUUCCGAGACUUUGCGGUGGACUCCCACUAUGUACAGGAACUGCUUUUCGUGUUGUUCCCACUCAUCACGAGUGCCGAUCGACUUAGCGCAUCCGCCGAAUUAGCAUCUGAAAGCCCGCUGAAUUUCCAGGGCCGCGAAGUUGUUCUGCGACCUCAUUCCAAUUCGCUGGGCGAAAGACCGGCUGUACUUAGAAGUGGUUCCAGCAGGACAUUGCCUACUCAAAACCGCCCGAACCAACUUCAGAUCCCUCGCAGGACAUCUUCUUUCGUUUUUGUUAAUCCCACCGCGUCCGAGGUCAAACAGUCUACUGUGUCAACACGGUUCAACGCGAUAAUGUCUCCCACCACAAGCAGACCGGUUAAGAUCAAUGUCGGCAAUGCGAUUGUCGAGUCCCUACUUGAACUUGUAGUCAUGGUAUACCUCGAACAAGUCUCGCAACGCAAAGACUUUGCAGGCUUUGGUCUAUUUCUCAAAGUUCCGCCUGGCUUCCAGGAACAUCAGGCAUAUUUUGAGUCAUACGUUCUGCUUCACACCAUGCAUCAGCUAUGGAACCAUCUUCAGCUGAAUCAGGAGUUGAUGAUCGAGCCCAGAACUUUGACGAACCUGGCUCGAUACAGCUUACAUAUGGCUGAGGCUGUGUUCGAAGGCUGGUUUAUUGAUGGAGCCCAGCCACUACUCGAUUUUACUGGCAAGGCACUGGAGUACCUUCAACAACCAGCCGUAUUGAUUUGUUAUCUUCUAUACAUCAAGAUGACCUCGCCAUCGUUUCCAGUGCGGCAUGCUGCUGCCUCAUUGUGGAGGAUGUUGCUUGUACAGAAGCCAACAGAAGCAGCUACCAUCCUGAUACAGAACGCUGAUCCAAAUCAGCGUCACAUCUCUACUGGCCUGAUCAAGCUUGCUGCACACGAUGAUGACGAGCUUCUACAAUGGAUUGACCAGAACCGAAAACCGCUGGAUGAGUUCUUCCAUGAAACCAUGUCGAGAUUCUGGGAUGAAUUUGUCGGCUCUGAAAACCAGAAGACCGAAGAAUCGGCCAGAAACCGUCUUGCUAAGCGCAAGGAGAAGCUGAAACAAUGGAGAACGACAGAGACCGAGCUUGAUAAUGUUGCACAUCGUUUUGAAGUGUCCACUAGGCACUGGCGAUCGAACAUCCAUUCCCAAGAGCGACUGAAGUAUCAAGGCGCGCUACAGGACCAGCAAGAGAACCUGAAUCAUAUACAAACUGUCAUUUCCAGGCUUGAAACUCUCCUGAAGCAACCUUCAGGCCUCUUCCCCGAGAAAGAACCAUUUAAAUGGCAACUCGAUCAGACAGAAUCGCGCAAUAGAAUGCGUAUACGAAUAGUGCCAGACUCACGACGAGAUCAAGAGGCAUUCCAGCCGAAGCGCAAAGCCUCUGAGCGUGCGUCGCAUACAAAGCUUAGAAUCGACACACAAUCUCGUCCAGGCUUGUCGGACAAUAUAGUCUCGGCGGAACCUACACCGAGGACUCCUGCCAACCUCGGUAUUCCUCACUUCGAAGACACUCCAUCAACAUCAAGAGAUGACUCUAUCUCAGGCUCUGCGCUUCUUGACGGCGAAUUUGAGAUGGUGGAUGACCCUAAAGACGGCGAGGAAGGAUUUGAAGACAAGAACCGUAAAGUGUUGAAAAGUCUGCAGCGCGGCGAUCGUGUACAGAACAUCUGCAAUGUUUCUCGUGUUGUGGGCUUGGAAGCCUUUGAAGGUCUGCUGAUCAUUGGCAAGAAAUGCUUGUAUCUUCAGGACGAAAUGUUCCAAAGAUCUGAUGGCGAAAUUGUCAGCGUUGUUCAUGCUCCCGACGAAGAACGCGACCCUUACGUUCAGUUAAUCUCAGGUAAAGAGGUUAAAACCAAGCGAAAGCAACGCGCGGAAAGAGAGCCUGCAAGACAUUGGACUUGGCAGGAGCUAUUGCAUAUCUCAAAACGCCGCUUCCUGUUCCGAGAUGUCGCACUAGAAGUCUUCUUCACCGACGGUCGUAGCUACCUUUUGACGUUUAUGACGCCAACAGCACGCAACGAUGUUUACGCAAAUCUCGCAGGGAAAUCACCGUUAGUCUAUGGUUCACUAUCAUCCUUGCCUGCCGAGGACGCUUGGAGACUCGACUCAUUGAGAAAUCCAGAGGAAACACCACAAAGCUUUGGCUACAAAUUUGCAAAUGUCUUCAACCCAACAUCAUCCAACGCAGCAACUCGACGAUGGACCCGUGGCGAGAUAUCGAACUUCCAAUAUCUCAUGCUUGUCAAUAACAUGGCCGGCAGAACUUUCAACGACCUCACGCAGUAUCCUGUGUUUCCUUGGAUUCUCGCAGACUAUACUAGCGAAGAACUCGAUCUGACCGACCCUCGAAGUUUCCGUGAUCUCUCCAAACCGAUGGGCUGUCAACAUCCUGCGCGCGAGUCCGAGUUCCGCGAACGUUACCGAGCCUUUGCCGAGAUGGGUGAUGAACACUCUCCACCUUUCCACUAUGGUACUCAUUACUCUUCGGCCAUGAUCGUCUCUUCAUACCUCAUUCGACUACCGCCGUUCGUGCAGUCUUACUUGCUGCUCCAAGGUGGCAACUUCGAUCACGCAGACAGGCUGUUUGACUCAGUCGAGAAGGCAUGGUUGUCUGCAUCAAAGGAGAACAUGACCGAUGUUCGUGAAUUGACACCGGAGUUCUUCUGCCUGCCUGAGUUUUUGCAAAACAUCAACGGCUACGACUUCGGCCAAAAGCAAGGCAGUGGCCAAACAAUCAAUGAUGUUGUUCUGCCACCUUGGGCUAAGGGAGACCCACACAUCUUCAUUGCAAAGCAUAGAGAAGCUCUCGAGAGCCCAUAUGUUAGUCAACAUCUUCAAGAGUGGAUUGAUCUCAUUUUUGGAUACAAACAACGCGGCGAAGCAGCACUCGAAGCCACUAAUGUGUUCCAUCAUCUUUCGUACCAAGGUGCCAAGGACCUGGACACCAUGCAAGAUGAGGUUGAAAAACUUGCAACCAUUGGAAUCAUCCACAACUUUGGACAAACACCUCAUCAAGUCUUCCAGCGCGCACAUCCCAGAAGAGAAGAAGAGAAACACAGAGUGGAAAGACUCGAUACCAUUGCAGAGUCGCUGACCAAGCUACCAUUCCCCUUGCAUGAGAGCCAUGAACGAGUCACGGCAUUGACAUACUCGCCUAGCCAGGAGCGCUUGUUAUGCUCUCCUCCUUGCAAGCUCAAUGUCCCACCGGCUUGCAAGAGCUAUCUACAGUGGGGCUUCGCAGACAACAGUCUUCGUUUCUUCACCGCCGAUAAUAGAAGAAUGCUUGGCUUGUACGAGAACCUGCAUAUAGGACAAAUCAGUACCGCCCUCUUUGCAGAUUCGAAGACGCUCAUCACAGGAGGUGCAGAUAGCACGAUUGGCGUGUGGACCAUUGGCUUCAGCUCAGACUCUGCAGACAUUCAGUCAAGAACCUAUCUCUUCGGCCAUCGCACGCCCAUUAGCGUUCUUGCCGCCUCACGCGCGUUUAGCACUUUGGUAUCUGCAUCAGUCGACGGUCAAGUGUUCCUUUGGGAUCUCAACCGUUUCGACUGUGUGCGUAUCCUCCAGGAAGCANAUAACGGCAGCCGCACAAUCCAGUGUGCUAAGGUCAAUAACUUGACUGGGCACAUUGUCCUCUGCAGCGGAGCGUUCGUCAGAGUACUCACUUUGAAUGGACAUCUACUCGUAGAACAAAAGGUCUGCGAUGCAGAAGAUGACGAGAUCACCUGCUGUGCUUUCUACGAAGGCGCUGCCAACGAGUGGGUAGAGCGAGUAUUGCUCUUUACAGGCCACAAACGUGGUAUCGUAAAUCUAAUGCAUCGUAACAGGNUCUGGUCACUCGUCACACUCCGCGAUGGAGCAUGGCAUCUGCAACUCAUCAAGCGAUUGAUGCAUGUUGAGCCAACGCGAGGCGAGCCGAACAUUCAAGUCCCCACCAUCGCUUGUGUUCUUCCCAUGCCUCAAGCUGUGUAUACUGGUGAUGAAGAUGGCAAAGUUAGACAUGGAGCUGGUUCUUUUGGCGGCUGGCGAUGA